GUGAAAAGAGUUUGUGCAAACAAGAGGAAGUGACACUAAGAGCUGCAAAGCUUCAUCAGGUGAUGCUCAGACACUCAUUUAACGUGUUUUACUCAGUUCUGUCUCCAAACUAAUUGUGUUUUCACAUUUUCCCUCUCAAACACUGAACAAUAGUGAAUUCUGCUGUUUGACAUCUGUAGAUGAGAGCGACUGCAGGAGAUGUUCUGGUGUUUUUAAGAUGAUCUCGUACAGACACAGGAAGAGGAAGACAAAUAUUUAACAGCACAUUUGUAAAGUGUGAAAACAUGUGCUCGUGUGACCGCUUGAGCUGCUGAGGAUCUCAUUUGACCAUCGACACUGAGACACUGCAGCACGGAUUGCAGAAGUCACUAUGUUGAGGUCUUUCAGAGCAUCUCUUCCUCUGAUCUUAGUGAUCAUGACUGCGGGGUCUGAUGGUCAGCAGGGUUGGGGAGUGAAUUACAGCCCUUCAUCUGUUUGUGCAUUAAAGGGAUCAACAGUGAAAAUAUCCUGUACUGUAAAAUAUCCUCAUGAUCAUCAGCUCAGAUCAGUCUACUGGACCAAACAUGCUGUAACUGAUGGAGAAGCACCAGACCUGUGUUCAGACCCUGAUAAAACAGGAAGAGUUCAGUGUGUCAGAGCAGAUAAAGACACUUCCAGCAUCACUUUGACUGCAGUAACAGAAGCUGAUAAACACAUCUACUACUGCAGAUUCACUACUGAUGUUGAGGGUGGAAAAUGGACGGGGAUUCCUGGAGUUCAGCUGGACGUCACAGACCUGCAGGUGGAGACACAGCAGACUGUUGUAGAGGGAGAUUCAGUGACUCUGAGCUGUAAAAGCAGCUGCUCUCUGCCUGAAGAAACUACAUUCAUCUGGUCCAGAAACACAAAGACAAUAAAUGAAGGAAUCAGAACAAAGAAUCAGCUUCAGCUGUGGUCAGUCAGAGGCUCUGAUGCUGGAUAUUAUCAGUGUGCUGUAGGAGGAAAUGAACAUCUGAUCUCUCCUGCUGUUUAUGUCAAAGUAGGAAGGGUUUAUGGUCUGUGGAAAUCAGGAGUGAAUUACAGCCCUUCAUAUGUUUGUGCAUUAAAGGGAUCAACAGUGAAAAUAUCCUGUACUUCAACAUAUUCUGUUUAUGGUUAUCAGCUCAUACAAUCUGUCUCAACCAAACCUGCUGUAACUGGUGAAGAACCUCCAGACCUGUGUACAGAUACAGACAUAAGAGGAGGAAUUCAGUGUGUCAGUGAAGAUAAAAACACUUUAAUCAUCACUUUGACUGCAGUAACAGAAGCUGAUAAACACAUCUACUACUGCAGAUUCAGAGAUACACAGAAUAAUAGAUGGACUGUGAUUCCUGGAGCUCGUCUUGAUGUCACAGACCUGCAGGUGGAGACAAAACAAUGUGUAAAAGAGGGAGAUUCAGUGACUCUGAGCUGUAAAAGCAGCUGCUCUCUGCCUGAAGAAACUACAUUCAUCUGGUACAGAAACACAGAGAGAUUAACUGGAGAAACACUGAAUAAUCAGCUUCAGCUGCAGUCAGUCAGUCACUCUGAUGCUGGAGAAUAUAGAUGUGCUGCAAGAGGAAAAGCAGGAGAACGUCUGAACUCUCCACCUGUUUAUCUCAGUGUUGAAUAUCCUCCAAAGAGCGUCUCAGUGUCCGUCAGUGGAUCUGCUGUAAUAGUGUCUGGAGAUUCAGUGACUCUGAGCUGCAGCAGUAACUCAAACCCUCCUGCACUGAACUUCAGCAGGUUAAAAGAUGAAACAUCUGUAGGAUCUGGAAGAAUCUUCAGCAUCUCAAACAUCAGCUCUGAUCACAGUGGAGAAUACAAGUGUAGAGCCAGAAAUAAACAUGGAGAGAAACACUCUGAUCCUGUGAUGCUGAAUGUCAUGUGUGAGUGUAUUAUAACAAAACAGAUUGAUCCUUUUUGAUCAUGUUAGUUUACUAGCAAUUUUACAAACAUUUAAUUGUUUUUAGUGAACAAAUUAUUC